AUGGAGCUGUCCGAGGUCCGCUGCUCCAGCGCGAGCGAGGAGCCGUACCCCCCAAACAAGACCCCCACCCCCCUCAGCAGCGGCAGCAGCGACGGCAGCGCGCGACCCAAGCGGCUACUGUGGCAGAACGCGGUGCGGCUCAUCACCGAGCAGCGGUUCAUCCACGAACAGGGCGGCGGCGAAGCAGGCGGAGCAGGAGGAGGAGGAGGAGGAGGCGUGAAGGGCGGCGGGCCCGACGAGCCCUACGACCCGAGCCAGGACGCGCGGAAGCAGUCCGCGGCGGGGCGGCGCGCGUCGGCGGGCGGCGACCGGCACAACAACGGCGGCACCAAGGUGUUCCCGGAGCGCGCGAGCAGCGACCUGGGCUUCCUGCAGAUCGAGCGCGCGCCCAGCAGCGCGGACUGCUUCCUGAGCCGCGGGCACACGCACCGCGGCGUCAUCUUCCCCACGCUGCGCAACGCCUUCAAGUCGCGCGACCUGGAGCGGCUGUACCAGCGCUACUUCCUGGGCCAGCGGCGGAAGUCCGUGGUGGUGAUGAACCUGCUGGACGUGGUGACGAAGCUCGCGCUGCUGCUGCUGCACCUCGCGCUCGCCGCCGCGCCCAUGGACCCCCUGAAGGGCGCGCUGCUGGGCUUCUUCGCGGGCGUGGAGCUGGUGAUCUGCGCGCUGGUGGCGGUGCGGAAGGACACCACGUCGCACAGCUACCUGCAGUACAGCGGCGCGGUCACGUGGGUCGCCAUGGCGACGCAGGUGCUCGCCACCGGGCUGGGCUACGGGCUGCUGGGCGACGGCGCGGGCUACGUGCUGUUCGCGCUGUUCGCCACCUACAGCGUGCUGCCGCUGCCGCUCGCCUGGGCCAUCGCGGCCGGCCUGCUCACCUCCGCGCUGCACCUCCUGGUCCAGAUGCUCGUCUCCCAGCAUGCACCGCUGUCCGGCCGGCAGGUGGCGGCCCAGGCCGUGCUCUUCAUGUGCAUGAACACCGCCGGCGUCUUCAUCAGCUACCUGUCGGACCGCGCCCAGCGCCAGGCCUUCCUGGAGACGCGGCGCUGCAUCGAGGCCCGGCUGCGGCUGGAGACGGAGAACCAGAGACAGGAGAGGCUGGUGUUAUCGGUCCUCCCUCGUUUUGUAGUUUUAGAGAUGAUCAACGACAUGACGAAUGUCGAGGACGAACACCUGCAGCACCAGUUCCACCGGAUCUACAUCCACCGCUACGAGAACGUCAGCAUUCUUUUCGCAGACGUCAAAGGCUUCACGAACCUCUCCACCACGCUGUCGGCGCAGGAACUCGUCCGCAUGCUCAACGAGUUGUUCGCCCGAUUCGACCGCCUCGCGCACGAGAACCACUGCCUCCGGAUCAAGAUCCUGGGGGACUGCUACUACUGCGUGUCCGGCCUCCCGGAGCCGCGGCAGGACCACGCCCACUGCUGCGUGGAGAUGGGCCUCAGCAUGAUCAAGACCAUCAGGUACGUGAGGUCACGCACCAAACACGACAUCGACAUGCGCAUCGGGAUCCACUCGGGCUCCGUGCUGUGCGGCGUGCUCGGCCUCAGGAAGUGGCAGUUUGACGUCUGGUCCUGGGACGUGGACAUCGCCAACAAGCUGGAGUCGGGGGGUAUCCCAGGGAGGAUCCACAUCUCCAAAGCGGCUCUGGACUGCCUGAACGGCGCCUACGAGGUGGAGGAGGGCCACGGCAAGGACCGCAACGACUUCCUGCGCCGCCACAACAUCGAGACGUUCCUGAUCCGGCAGCCGGAGGAGGAGAGCGCGCUCAGCCUGCCGGAGGACAUCGCCAAGGACGCGUCCGGCACGGCGGAGCGCCGCGCGAGCAGCGCCACCUUCAACGAGGCGUCCUGGGACCCCGAGCUGCCCUUCGACAACAUGGCGGCCAAGCAGAACUACUCCCAGAUGAGGGACGAGGUCUUCAAGUCUAACCUGGUCUGCGCCUUCAUCGUGCUCAUCUUCAUCACCACCAUCCAAAGCCUGCUUCCCUCUGCCAGGAUGCUGACCAUGGCGGUCCAGUUCUCGGUUCUGGUCCUGCUCCACGCGGUUCUGGUCCUGGUGGCCACGGCGGAGGACUACAAGUGCCUCCCUCUGGCGCUGCGCCGGGCCUGCUGCUGGAUCAACGAGACGUACGCGGCGCGCAACGUCCUCGUCUUCAUCUCCAUCCUCAUCAACUUCCUGGCGGCCAUGAUCAACAUCCUGUGGUGCGACCCCGACCAGCCGGACUCCUUGGGGAACCAGACCUUCAACGAGUCGGCCUCCGCCCCGGACAUCUGCCUCUACCCCGAGUACUUUGUGUUCACCGGGGUCCUGGCCAUGGUGACCUGCGCCGUGUUCCUGCGGCUCAACUCGGUGCUGAAGCUGGCGGUGCUGCUGCUGAUGAUCGCCGUCUACUCGCUGCUGACGGAGGCCUUCUACGCCUCGCUGUUCGCCCGCCACGACGCCGCCCACCGCCACGCCGGGAACUUCCUGGGGACCAAGGAGACGUCUCUGCUGCUGAUGGCCAUGUUCCUCCUGGCGGUGUUCUACCACGGCCAGCAGCUGGAGUACACGGCCAGGCUGGACUUCCUGUGGCGCGUCCAGGCCAAAGAGGAGAUCAACGAGAUGAAGGAGCUGCGCGAACACAACGAGAACAUGCUGAGGAACAUCCUGCCGAGCCACGUGGCGCGCCACUUCCUGGAGAAGGACCGGGACAACGAGGAGCUGUACUCCCAGUACUACGACUCCGUGGGCGUGAUGUUCGCCUCCAUCCCCGGCUUCGCCGACUUCUACUCCCAGACGGAGAUGAACAACCAGGGCGUGGAGUGCCUCCGGCUGCUCAACGAGAUCAUCGCCGACUUCGACGAGUUGCUCGGCGAGGAUCGGUUCCAGGACAUCGAGAAGAUCAAGACGAUCGGCAGCACCUACAUGGCCGUCUCCGGUCUGUCGCCCGAGAAGCAGCAAUGUGAAGACAAGUGGGGUCACCUGUGUGCGUUGGCGGACUUCGCCAUCGCCCUCAACGAGAGCAUCCAGGAGAUCAACAAGCACUCCUUCAACAACUUUGAGCUGAGGAUCGGUAUGGCCCACGGCUCGGUGGUGGCGGGCGUGAUCGGCGCCAAGAAGCCGCAGUACGACAUCUGGGGGAAGACGGUGAACCUGUCCAGCCGCAUGGACAGCACCGGGGUCAGCGGCAGCAUCCAGGUCCCCGAGGACACCUUCCUCAUCCUCAAGGAGCGCGGCUUCGCCUUCGAGUACCGCGGCGAGAUCUACGUGAAGGGCAUCAGCGAGCAGGAGGGCAAGAUCCGCACGCACUUCCUGCGCGGCCGCGUGCAGCCCAACCCGCUCGUCCUGCAGCCGCGCAAGAUCACCGGGCAGUACUCGCUGGCCGCCGUGGUGCUCGGCCUGGUGCAGUCGCUCAACCGGCAGAAGCAGAAGCAGAUCCUCAACGAGAACAACAACUCGGGCAUCAUGAAGGGCCACCACCACUACAACCGCCGGACGCUGCUGGCGCCCGGCAGCUCCGAGGCGGGGGGGGCGGGGCUCCACCCCGAGGCCGCCGACAAGGCCGAGCUGUCCUGAGGGGGGCGGAGCUUCGCGGUUCCGCGCGGCGUUCUCGGAGGCGGAGCUGCUCGAGACGGGCAGGAAGCGAUCCCGGAGGUUGAGUCGGAGGGUGGUAGCUGGGGUUCAACCGGGACACGGAGUACAAGGAAGUUAGGAGUCACGGGGACUUUGGUGUCGGAGUGCCGGAAGCUUCGGCUGAUUCCAGACCUCCGGAUGGACCCCCCCUUGAGCCGGUCUGGUUCCAGACCUCCGGACUCUUCAUCCACCUCUUCAUCCACCUCUUCAUCGGUCCGGUUAUCUUUCAUCUCUACGUUUGUGUAAUUUUGUUGUUUCCAUGGUGACAGACUUCAUUUGUAUAAAGUUUAUGUUUAGUCGUGAUUAUGCAAAUGUGCAGCGUGCGGCCGGCCCGCUCUCCCCUGGUGGCGGCGGUGUGGUGGUGCACCUCCACCGUAACGCUCCAAUGGCGGUUUUCCAAGCAUCGUCGUUAACGCCAGGAGGAGGCGGGGCCGCACGGCGCCCCCUAGUGAUCAUCUGUCACACCACGGGGGCCGAAGCGGCGGCUUUUCUUUCCGCAGAAACGACGGGUUGAAGCGAAGCGAAGGCGCUAUGAGGACGCCAUGAGGACGCCAUGAGGACGCCAUGAG